ACUACGUAAUUACCAAGAAAACUCCACCAACUAUAUCAUUGACGGAAACGACGAGAUCGCCGGCGACACUUCCGAUGAGAAGGUCCCCGGCGCCGUCAGUUUCAAGUAGCCUCUUGCCAGCUUUUGGCACAGUACGUACAGUCAUGGGUGAAGGCUCUGUAAAGCUGAAAAGAUUUGUUAUUGCUCCUUAUGAUCGUAGAUAUAGAAAAUGGCAAACAUUUUUGGUGGUAUUGGUGGCAUACUCAGGAUGGUCAUCCCCUUUCGAGUUGGCAUUCAAGAAGGUAGCAAGUGAAGGCCUUUUGCCUCUUGAUUUAGUGGUCGAUGCCUUCUUCGCCAUUGACAUUCUUCUCACUUUCUUUGUCUCUUACUUGGACAAAUACACUUGUUUACUCGUUGAUGAUCACAAGAAAAUUGCUUUCAGGUAUGUCACUCAUCUAGGGUUCCCAAUGGAUGUUGCAUCAACCAUACCAUUUCAAACCAUAUACCGAAUUUUUAAUGGGAAGAAGCAAGGAGAUGAUGUUUUUGGCUUCCUCAACUUGCUAAGACUUUGGCGACUACGGCGUGUUAGUAAAUUCUUCUCAAGGCUAGAGAAGGACAUUCGGUUCAGCUACUUCUGGACAAGAUUCUGUAAACUAAUCUGUGUGACCUUAUUCGCAGUGCAUUCUGUUGGAUGUUUAUAUUACUGGCUAGCAACUCAUUAUCAUACUGCAGAGAAUACCUGGAUUGGGUCAAAUGUUACUAAUUUCCAAGAAAGAAGUAUCUCUCUAGGAUACACAUAUUCCAUGUAUUGGUCUGUUGCUACUCUCACCACAGUCGGCUAUGGCGAUCUCCGUGCACAUAAUACAGGAGAGAAGGUUUUCUCCAUCUUCUACAUGCUUUUCAACAUUGGUCUCACUGCCUACUUAAUUGGCAACAUGACCAAUCUUAUUGUUCAUGGCAUUGCUCGGACCUUCGCUGUGCGGGAUGCCAUCAAUAAGACACUGAGAUAUGCAAGCAAGAAUAGACUUCCAGAAGGUAUAAAAGAGCAAAUGUCAGCACAUUUGACUCUCAAAUUCAAGACUGCAGAACUACAGCAAGAGGAAGUAAUAAGAGACUUACCCAAGGCAAUAAGAUGUAGCAUUGCACAAUAUCUCUUCCAUACAACACUUGAAAAUACCUACCUUUUCAAAGGGGUUUCUGAAGACUUCAUAGUCCAGUUGGUUUCCGAGAUAAAAGCAGAAUACUUUCCACCAAAAGUUGACAUUGUUAUUCAAAAUGAGAUACCAACAGAUUUCUACAUUAUUGUCUCUGGAGCUGUGGAAGUGGUUACAUACAAGAAUGGAAUGGAACAGUUCCUGUCAAAGUUGGAGUCCCCAGAAUUGUUCGGUGAAGUAGGUGUUAUCUUUAAUACGCCCCAGCCUUUUACCGUGAGAAGUAAGAGACUUUCUCAGGUUGUUCGAAUCAGCCAUCAUCAUUUCAAGCAACUGGUGCAGCCCCUUAACGCAGAUGGAAAGAUAAUCCUCUCCAAUUUUCUUCAGAAUCUUAAAGGAAUGGAAAAGGAAGAGCUACAAGAGAUACCACUCAUAUCACAGCUGCUCAGUGACGUGAAUAGUGAGGUGAGUACAAUGAGUAGGGGACAAAAUCAUGAAGGACAAAGCCAAGACGGAAAUAGAAUUACCACAACAACACUCCCCACUAGGGUUAUAAUACAUGGACAUCAUCCACAUGACAAACCAAAUGAAGGAGGAAUUGCAGGAAAAUUAAUACAUCUACCUGAGUCAGUUGAAGAUCUCCUAAUAAUAGCAGAAAAAAGAUUUCGAAAAAGAGGAAGUACAAUUGUCAUGGCAGAUGGCUUCCCAAUGGAGGAUUUGGGUGCUUUGCGAGAAAAUGAUCACUUGUAUAUAGUUUGACGGAAAAAUCAUCAGAUGCUUAAUAAGUCAAGCUGAUAGAAUUCAGGACGAUUUUCCUAUUGGAUUUCGAGAGAAAUGUGCAAUUAGAUUUUAUAGAUGGAAAUGGAAAGUCGGAAGUACCUAAAUGAGAUGGAGAGUUGAGAUUUCAUUUCCGAUGCCGGUGGGAGUCCGGUGAUAGCCGGAAAAGACAUCGGAGCGGCGCCCAUAGCCAUGACUGCGCUUUGCCUCGCUAGUUAUGGACAUAGUUAAGUUAAAUGAUCAGAUCCUUUCUUUAUUUUUUUUUCAAGAUGUUAAAUUACAAUACAUAUUUGAUUAUUAAUAAGUUGUCUUUAAAGUUUCA